UCGAACAUAAGUAUUACGUACCUAUUGAUCCAGAAUAUAUACCUUGUUGAGUCUUGAAUUACGUGAAUAUAAAAGUGAAGAAGUUGAUCAAAUAUGAUAUUCAGUGCCAAGUGAAAAACAGAAAAUGCAACCGUGACAGUGCUAAAAUGAAAACAUGUUGAACGGGACAACAGACCGCGGGACGCUAUCCCUCCAAUCCUCUCCAUCCAAGGUGUCACCUUCUGGAGUGAAAGCGACGUCCAGUCCAGUGAAAGCAUCGCCGAGCCCUGUAAGAGCGUCACCAAGCCCUGUUAGGGCGCCUACUUCUCCUUUAAAGUCGUCUUUAUCGCCUGGUGGAAGACAAAGGUCGCCGAGGAAAUGUCAAUUCGCGGCGCCAGCUGAAGAUUCCAGGGAUAAAUGUGGGACAUCGUGGUUGUGUCGACGGGGUGCUGGAGUGGACGCUGGGGAUACUACCGUAGAAUCUCCUGGACCUAGCACACCGAUACCGCAGAGCUGUGAAGAGGCAGCCCCUCCGCCUAAGAACUGCUUCAGACUUGUUAUGUUAGGGUCAGCUCGGGUUGGCAAGACGUCGCUCGUGUCUCGGUUCUUAGGUACCAAGUUUGAGGACUGCUACACGCCUACAAUAGAGGACUUUCAUCGCAAGCUUUAUAGAAUACGAGGUGAAGUGUACCAGCUGGAUCUGCUUGAUACAUCUGGGAACCAUCCAUUCCCUGCUAUGCGACGGCUAUCUUUUUUAACAGGUGACUUAUUCGUCCUAGUAUUCGCGAUGGACUGUCGCGAAUCCUUCGAAGAAGUCAUCCGUCUCCGCGAGCAGAUCCUAGAAACCAAGGCUAGUGCAAGCAGUGGGAGCAGCCGGGGUCGUAGACAAGCUCCAAGAGUGCCCAUGGCGAUCGCUGGCAAUAAAUGUGAUAAGGAAUUGAAAUCCGUACAAGCAGAAGAAGCAACCGCAUACUGCGCAACCCAGGACUCAGCAUGCGUUUUCAUGGAGACAUCUGCAAAGAAAAAUUUUCACGUAGAAGACUUAUUCUAUGAACUGUUCGUAGUAGCUAAUUUACCUUUAGAAAUGGCUCCCAAUCACCAUAAAAGAGUGAGCGCUGCAUUCGGCAGUCCUUGCACCUUACCCCCUACCAGUAGCCAAAGUAGUAGGAGUAAGAAAUGUACGUUAUCUAUAAAAAGAAGACUAUCAGAUGCUUGUGGCGUGGUAGCACCUAAUGUUAGACGACCAAGUAUUCGUACUGAUUUGAUGAUAAUGCGAACCAAAACGUGUGCCAAAGGUGAAGGCGAUAAUGUCGGAGGUAGUCCUAAGCUCAAUUUGAACAGACUAGUCAGAUCAAACGCGCAAAACGAUAAGCGAUCCUGUACUAUACAGUAAAAUAAGCGAAAAGAUAACGCGUAAUUCAAAUAGUAAUGUCUUACUUAAGAAAGGUGCUACCGCUGAAAUAAAAAGUCUCUUGUGUAAGACAACUUUUGUGACCCCAUUUGUAGAAAUAGACGGAAUAUUCGAUAAAGUUAAUCGAAUAAAUUUACAUAAUUCUCCGAGUUUUCUUCGAAGCAUUUACGCAAAUUACAAAACAUUUAAUUAAACAUUAAUGUCGAUGGAAUUAAAUGUUGGUUACAGUACAAUUAAGGUGUUGUUACGAUAUUAAAUUGUGAGGACGUAAGUUUACGUUCGACAAUUAUUUUUAUUGUUGCUUCGUUUGUGAGAUGAUGUUUAGUAUCGUUGAGGAGCUUUGAUUGUAAAAUAUGUAUUUCGUGGUUAUCGUGUGAGGUUAGAGCUGUAUUCUCGCUUUUACUUCGUUUUAUUUCCACUUGCAAAUGAAACUAAUUUUUGGAAUUCAGAAUAGUUAUUGGAAGGGACCAAAAUUGUUCUUGCGUGAAAAGUUUAACUUGAUUAACCUCUUUGGUCAUAUCAAAAUUUAUAUCGCUAGGCAAAAUGCUAAUAAACUUUUAAAAUGUUAAAGCUGGAUUGUCUUAAUAAUAAUACUUUUUAAAAGAGCUGGCAAUUCUAAUAUUAUGAACUUGAAUCUUCAAUUAUGUUUUGACUUCUAUAUUUGGGACUAUACAAUGUUACUGUUUGAAAAUAUUAAUGCUAUGAGAUACUAUUAAGAUAUAAGAUAUAUUUCUGAGGAAAUUAAAAGCUGAUUAAUGAUUAUAUUUUAGCAUCUGCAUUCCUAAAAUUAUUGGAAAAAUUGCGCGUUUUAACCAAUGAAAAUUUUUACAUCUUAACAUCAUAUUUAAAGAAAAACAUGCCAAAAGUAAACACUAAGAAAUUCUCUUCCGGGCAAAUACUUACGAAUACGGAUGUAUCU